AUGAGUGUUGGUGUGCGAAGAUCAAAAUCACUUCUUUAUCCUAAAGGUACUACAAGAAAUAUGAAUACAGCCCGUAAAAGUACCAAAGAAAGAUGUCGUUCAUUACGAAGACCAACCAUUCCAUCAAAAUUAACAAUUCAUCAACAACAAGCUUUGCUUACAUCUUGGAAAUCGUUACGACCUAUCAUUCAAACGCUUAUGCGUAAAAUAUUGAAUAAUUUGGAAGAAGAAGUGCCUAAAGUUAAACAGAUUUUUUGUCAAACAGCAGUGCUGGAUGCUUUUAAUCGUGAAAGUACAUCAGAAAAUCCGGGUACUUUAGAGGAACAUGUAAAAUUAAUGAUAGAAUUUUUUGAUGAUUUAGUAAAUAACGCACAAGAUGAAGAGAAUAUGUCAAAUAAAAUUAGAAAAGUUGGUCAAUGUCAUGCUAUUCUCACUCAGUGCUCAUUUAGUGCAGAUAUUUGGGAAAAGCUUGGUGAAAUUACAAUGCAAUGUUUUAGUCGACAAGAUGCUGUACAGAAGACAAGAGAAGCUGGAAAAGCUUGGCGUAUAUUAAUUGCGUGGGUUACUGAUGAAUUGCGUUGUGGUUUUGAUGGUCGAACAAGAUCUAACAAUAGGAAUCCAUCUUUGACCACUUCGGAGCAAACCUGUGAACGAUCAGGACAACAUCGGUAUAGCUCGGAUGUCAGUACACUUCAACAACAUUUGCAGCAUCUUAGAUUUGAGUACGAACCCACCGUACCACUGUAA